CGUAUACAAUGUGUGCCUCCCCUCGACCCGCACAACGAACGUUUUCGCGAUAUUUUUAAAUAAGCGGUGAUUGAGAGCGGAUUAGUCAUUUUAAUGUUUUUGACAGUGACAGCAAAAUUAUGGCCGAGAAUUUGAAACUGAAGCCCAGCAAAGGGAUUCUGAAAAAUUCGAGCAGCUUCGAUGUGCCGGAUAAACAAUCCAAACCCAAGAAGGCCAAGGGUGGUGCGAAAUGGGAUGAGAUGAACAUCCUAGCCACACUGCAUCCUCCAGACAAGGACUAUGGCCACAUGAAGAUAGAUGAGCCCAAGACUCCAUACAACUAUGAGAAUUCCUCUGAAGACAUAGAUGUCCUUGAUGCAGCUGAUCUAGCUGAAAGGAUACGUUUGGGUGCAGCCACAAAGCCUAAAGUACUUCAGCCUAGUGAUGAUGAUGAGGAAGAAGAUGAUGAUUUGACUGAAGAGGAGAGGCUACAGAAGAAGGAUUUUGAGAACAAGCGUAAGAAACAUUACAACGAGUUCUAUGCUGUGAAAUUGGCAAGAAAGUUGCUGGAAGAGGAAGAAGAUGAUGAUGAAGAGGAUCCACAAAAAGCUUGCAUUCCGACCUCCCCGAAUUGCAACGCCUCCAGCAGUAGCAAAGUCAAAAAGUAAAUUUAUUACAUGUAUUAUUUUUGUUUUGUUUGUUUGUUUGGGGAUACAGAUGAGUAACAUUGUAGCAGCUCCACACAAUAUGGAGAGAAACCUGCGACUGAUUUUCUAUCACGCGGGGCGUGCAAUUGUUGAACACCAAAAUUACUACAUAACAAAUGAAAUAGUUGAUAAAAAAAUAAUAAUGCGGAGCUGAGCUAGUAACGUUUAUUAUAUUAACUAAAU